GGGGCGUGGGGAGGCAAGGGAGCAGCUCGGUGGGAGCCAGGGCGGAGAUCUCCUGCCUGGCCUCUAGACUCGGCCCAGCCUUUGACCCUCGGUCCCCCGCCACUGCUCUGCUGGCGGCUACCCGGGAACCGGUGCCCCGGCCACAGCUCGCUCCUUUCCGUCCCAAGCACCGAGCGGAGCGCAGCACCCCCGCGCCGGCGGUAUGGCGCUGUCCUGGAGGAGCUGGCUGGCCAACGAAGGGGUUAAACACCUCUGUCUGCUUGUUUGGCUGUCCCUAAAUGUCCUGCUUUUCUGGAAAACCUUCCUGCUGUACAACCAAGGGCCAGAAUACUACUACAUCCACCAGAUGUUGGGCCUAGGAUUGUGUUUGAGCAGAGCUUCUGCAUCUGUCCUGAACCUCAACUGCAGCCUGAUCCUUUUACCCAUGUGCCGCACAGUCCUGGCUUACCUUCGCGGAUCACAGAAGGUCCCUAGCAGGAGAACAAGAAGAUUGUUGGACAAAAGCAAGACUCUACAUAUCACCUGUGGCAUAACUAUUUGUAUUUUCUCAGGUGUGCAUGUAGCUGCCCACUUGGUGAACGCCCUGAACUUCUCAGUGAACUAUAGUGAACAUUUCCUUGCACUGAAUGCAGCAAGAUACCAGAAUGAGGAUCCCAGAAAGCUUCUCUUCACAACUGUUCCGGGCCUGACAGGUGUCUGCAUGGUGGUGGUAUUGUUCCUCAUGGUUACAGCUUCUACCUAUGCAAUAAGAGUUUCUAAUUAUGAUAUCUUCUGGUAUACUCACAACCUCUUCUUUGUCUUCUACAUGCUGCUGCUGCUGCAUGUUUCGGGUGGCUUGUUGAAGUAUCAAACCAAUUUAGACACUCACCCUCCUGGCUGUAUCAGUCUUAACCGGACCCCAUCUCAGAAUAUGUCCAUAGCAGACUACGUCUCAGAACAUUUUCAUGGAUCUUUGCCUGGAGGGUUUUCAAAAUUAGAAGAUCAUUACCAGAAAACACUGGUGAAGAUUUGCCUGGAAGAACCCAAGUUCCAAGCUCAUUUCCCACAGACCUGGAUUUGGAUUUCUGGACCUUUGUGCCUAUACUGUGCUGAGAGACUUUACCGAUGCAUCCGGAGCAACAAACCUGUCACCAUUAUCUCAGUAAUCAAUCAUCCCUCAGAUGUCAUGGAACUCCGUAUGAUCAAAGAAAACUUUAAAGCAAGACCUGGCCAGUAUAUUAUUCUACAUUGUCCCAGUGUAUCAGCAUUAGAAAACCACCCAUUUACUCUCACAAUGAUAAUGAGCUCUGUUUGGGUCUGUCAGAAAAGAUGGCAGCUCUGGCCCGGCACAGUAUACAUACACACUUCCAUUCUGUGUGGUGAUGCAGCAAGACAUGACUAUGCUUCCAAGAUUCACCAUGCCCUCUUACUGUGUCCUACUGAAACCAAAGCAACAUUUGGUGUCCACUUUAAAGUAGUAGGAGACUGGACAGAAAGAUUCCGAGAUUUACUACUGCCUCCAUCAAGCCAAGAUUCUGAGAUUCUGCCCUUCAUUCAAUCUAGAAACUACCCCAAGUUAUACAUCGAUGGCCCAUUUGGAAGUCCAUUUGAGGAGUCACUGAACUAUGAAGUUAGUCUGUGUGUGGCUGGAGGCAUUGGGGUCACUCCGUUUGCAUCGAUACUAAACACUCUACUGGAUGACUGGAAACCAUACAAGCUAAGAAGACUGUAUUUUAUCUGGGUCUGCAGAGACAUCCAAUCAUUCCAGUGGUUUGCAGACUUGCUCUAUGUGCUGCAUAACAAGUUUUGGCAAGAAAACAGACCUGACUUUGUGAACAUCCAGCUGUACCUCAGUCAAACAGAUGGGAUACAGAAGAUAAUUGGAGAAAAAUACCACACAUUGAAUUCUAGACUUUUUAUUGGGCGUCCUCGGUGGAAGCUUUUAUUUGAUGAAAUAGCAAAAUGUAACAGAGGGAAAACAGUUGGAGUUUUCUGCUGUGGACCCAGUUCUAUUUCCAAGACUCUUCAUAAUUUGAGUAACCGGAACAACUCAUAUGGGACAAAAUUUGAAUACAAUAAAGAAUCUUUCAGCUAAAACCUUAGGAGACUACUGGGACUCUAAAAAAGGAACAAGUGCAAUUUCUAAGACUUAGAGACUCGGCUGAAUCAGACAGCUAUGCUAUGCCAAAGAAUAUCAAAGUUUUGCUAUUUAUGAUUAUUUAAAAUGAGAAUUCAAAAAGUAUGGCAAAAAUGACAUGGUUAAUCUGCAAGCCAAAGGGGCCCUGAAGAAUAUUUGAUGUGGUGACUCACAUAUUGAUGGGCAAAUUAAAAGAAUGCUGUUAGAUGCACACUGUUGAUUUUUAUGGGAAAUUCAAGAACUCUCUAAUGAGGAGCUGAACUCACUCACUCUGAAGCUGAUAGCCACAGCCCUCUUUAAAUUGUUUUCAGUCGAACAGGUUCAAAGAUUGAACAAAAUUAAAAAUUCAUUGAAACUCAGACUCCAUUUUCUACCUUCUGAAUAAGUGGAGUAGCUUUAAUUUAGAUGGGCUCCAGGCAAACACUUGGAGGUUGAAACUGUAGCACAAAACUUUAUAUCAAUACGGGUAGUUCAUGUCUGCUGCUUCACUACUGACUCUCAUGCCGCCCUGUAGCGUUCCUAGUCUACAUGCUCUCAAGUCUUAUGCCCCUGUGGAUGUCUCACUGACUUUCGUAUUUUUGCAUCUUACCUUCUGUGUAGGAAAAUCUGCUCCCCCUCAGCCAACCUUUGACACAAUGAAACAAUAGAACUGUUUGAUGACAAAUUUGUUCAACUUAGUGCUAUGGCGUAGUAAUGAAAACUGAGAGCAGAGCCCCUUAAGGUGCUGUUUUAAGUUUAUGCUUAGACACCAAAGAGCUUUGUAUCUUGCACGGAACACGGAAGCACAGGACCUCUCUCCACUGACUCCCUUUGUUUUCAGACAAGAGAUAUGGAAUUCAUGUACCUGAAAUGGUACCCUGCUUUGCUUUCUACAAAAGUAGAACUUCAAAUUUUAGUUUAGAAUCACUAAUAUUAUUUUUCACCGUUUGAAACCAUGGUGAGUUAUUAGUUUUAAGUUCCCUGUUCAUGUGAUCCAAUCAGUGUAUGACCUCUCACUAUUUAAUAUUCCCGAAUCAGAAGGAAAAUCUACAUUGCUAACUUAAUAAAGAAGAUAUUCAUACAGUUUAUCCACUUUAGUUUGGUAGAUAACUAUUAAUGCUAUCAAAUAGAACAGAUUGCUGAAAUUCAUACCUUGCCUGAUUCUUGUUAAUCUUUUGUGCAUCACAUGAUAACGAUAAAUGCCAUUAUUAUUUGGCUUUCAUGUGAUUCACCGAUAAAUAGUCAAGCACACUACAACAUCUAGCACCAACGACCACAUUUAUAUUUAGAUACACAUAUUGUUCUUUUAUCCUUGGAACACUUUCUUAUCCCUCCUACGGGCAACGUGCAAUGCUCCUGUAGAUAAAACUGUGGAGACAAAUAAACUACGACAUCUUUGCAAUACUGUCUAGAUGAAAAGGCUUUUCACAAAACACAUAUGGCAAAGAACUCAUAAAAAAGAAACUUGAGUUGGUCCAAGCUUAAUGUGCAAUACUGACUUCUUACUGAUUAUAACGUAUUCAUAUGACUGACUAUGAGAAUCCAUCAGAUUUCGGUAAUUCAGGUCAAACUUUUAAAAAACAAAGAUGAUAUUUCAGACUUGCUUGCUAGGUGGAGUGAACUUCCUUGCCUAGUCUAAAUUCUGGCACAUGUUCAAGCAUCUGCUUGUUAAACAUGGUUUAUGUUAGAACAGGAAUAAGUUAAAGCUUUCUCACACAUAGAGAAGACAGCUUUCCUUUGAAAGAUUGUAUGGUGGCAGAUUUUUCUGUGUAAGCCCUAAAUCGCUAAUUUUGAUGGCAAUAAAUACUAAAAUUAAAA